AUGCCCACCGACCACGCAACGGUGGAACUGAAUAGUGUAUGGGUGCCUGGAUCGGCGGUUUUCGGAUCGGUCAACCAGGGACUAGCCAUCGCCCAAACAUUUGUGCACGAGAAUAGAAUUCGUCAAGCAACCAGCUCCUGUGGGGCCGCACAGUACUUCCUGGACCGAAGCAUCGAGCGCGCGCGGACACGGAAGAUAUGGGGUGAAGGGCAAACCCUGGCUGAUAACCAGGCUAUUCAGUUCCUGGUCGUUGAGUUAAUGACGCAAGUGGAGAUGCUGCGACUGUUCAUAUUGAAGACAAGCUGGGAGAUGGAUCGUAUUGUGGCGGUGUGCCAGUCAUCGGAAGCCCAGCGCCCGCCAUGGGUGGGAAUUGAGCGCCGACUCUCCGGUCAGGUGGCCCUGUGUAACUUCUGGGCAAAUCGAUUAUGCUGUCAAGCUGCCGACCGAGCGAUUCAGAUUCAUGGGGGUGAUGGAUACUCUCGUCACUACCCUUUUGAACACAUAUAUCGUCAUUUCCGUCGCUAUCGAAUCACAGAAGGCGCAGAGGAGAUUCAGAUGCGCAAGAUUGGGGCGUACAUUUUUGGAUUUUCUGGCCCAAAGAAAAAGGAGAUGGAACAUGUUGAGCGUUCAAAAGCCAAAAUUUGA